AUGCCUUCUAAACGGAAGCGGGACAUCCUCGAAAACUUUGAUCCUACCAAGUCUGACUCGGAGGACGAGAACUUCGAGCCCGACGAAGGCGAGCCCACUCGAUCUCGCAAGAAGUCGCGCUCGGCAAAAACUGGCAAGGCACCGCCUCGCUCCAGGAAGACCAAGUACCGCGGCUCAGACAUCGAGGACGAUGAUGAAGACCUGUCCGAAAGCGAGCAAGACGGUUCCUUCGGUGGCCGCGACGAUGACGACGAUGAAGAGGAGGAAGAAGACGACCCGCCCAUCAACGAGAACACCGGCCGUCGCGUUAGAAAAGCUGCCAAUAAACGUCCGAGCUACAAGGAAAGCUCGGACGAUAGCUCGCCAGAGACUUCCGACGAUAAGGAUGAAUUGAUAGGCGACACCCCCCAGAAGAAAACCCCACGACAAACCAAGAUUGUGGUGCUGAACGUGGGUGCAUCGCUGCGCAAGACGCGCGCCAACUCGACAACUGCGCCCGCCGCGGCCCGAAGAUCCACCCGAGCGCGUACCGCUGAUGCCGACGAAGAGCUUGUUGAGCUUUCCAACUCGGGCAAGCACGCCAUGCCCGCCCGUGGCUCCAAGAGCGUCAGCCCCGAAGCAGCCGCACGCAACACCCGCGCCACGAGAGGUGCCAAGGGUAUCAUGAGGUCACCGCCGCCUCCGAUCGAGGAGGCAACACAAGAAAGUAGCCCUCGCAAGAACGAGACCGAGGAAGCCGCCGACUCGGACGCCAUGGACGAAGACCAAGACGAGCUAGCCGCCAACCAAGACGACAAUUUCGACCCUGUUGACGGUGAUGUCAAGGCUGAGGAUCAGCCGAUGGACACGGUAGAACCCGACGAGGCUGACGACGAAGACGACAUGCCAAUCACGCGCAGAACUCGCGGUGCAAGACAGAUCGUCACUGGCCAGGAUGAAGAGGAAGCGGCUGGAGUGGAACCCACCGGCCGCAGGGGCCGCCUGGCUCGAAAGUCCUCUAACAAGAAGUCACUUCAAGAGCCGAGUAGCGAUUUCGAGCCUGGGAAUGACUCUGGCGACGAUAACGAGUCCCACUCGGAACAAGAGAAGAAUGAUGACGGUGAUGGAACCGAGUCGACUCCAUCGCGUGGACGCAGGACCGGUAGGGGCAGAGGGGGGACCGCCAAAAGAUCCCGUCAACGCAACGACUCUGGCGAUGAAGUAGAGCUCGAUCGUGACGAGAUGGCUGAGGAGCUCGAGGACCUUCGGGGGAGUUCUCAAUCCCGCCGACCUCGACGCCGUCGCCAGCGCUCACCGUCUUUCCAAGAGGAGAUUGUUCGAGGAAAGCGCGUGCGUAACAAGGUUGAUUAUAGCAUUAAAUUGCCCGUCCUGGAACUUGAAGAAGAAGAACCUCAGGUGCCGGCGCCUAGCCCCGCUCGGCGUGGUCGCCGGGGCGGUGCUACCUCUGGCUGGGAUCGUACCCUCCAUACCAUCGCGGGUCCCUUUGGUGGUGCAAACAUCACCGGCCCCGGUGCUCUGUUUGGCGGUCCUUGGGGCACUGGCGCCGCCGGAGGCGUCGAUUCGGAUAGCAGCGAUGAUGAGAUGGGUGGACGUUCCGGCGUUGCUGGCACUGUUGGCAUGACCCCAACCUCAGCUAUUCCUCCGGGCAUGCUCAGUGGUCCUGGACAGGCGCUCAACCCUGAUGGCCCUGGCGGUCCUCCCACCGCUGCUCCCAACGUUGGAAAGGUCAAGAAUCAGAAGGCUUACGCGGACGCUGAUCCCCUUGGAGUCGACUUGACUGUUGACUUCAGCAAGGUCGGUGGUCUUGAGGGUCACAUCGAUCAGCUCAAGGAGAUGGUUCAGCUACCGCUUCUGUACCCGGAACUUUUCAUGAAGUUCCACGUCACUCCGCCCCGGGGUGUUCUGUUCCAUGGUCCACCUGGCACAGGUAAAACGCUACUGGCGCGUGCCCUCGCAAACUCAGUUGGUAUCGGUGGCAAGAAGAUUACCUUUUACAUGCGGAAAGGUGCAGAUGCCCUCAGCAAAUGGGUAGGUGAAGCCGAGAAGCAGCUCCGGCUGCUUUUUGAAGAGGCCAGACGGACCCAGCCAAGCAUCAUCUUCUUCGACGAGAUCGACGGACUCGCACCUGUUCGCUCUAGUAAACAAGAACAGAUCCACGCAUCGAUCGUCUCAACCCUACUCGCUCUGAUGGACGGAAUGGAUGGCCGUGGCCAGGUCAUCGUCAUUGGUGCCACCAAUCGCCCGGACAACAUCGACCCUGCUCUUCGCCGUCCCGGACGCUUCGACAGAGAAUUCUACUUCCCCUUACCCGAUGUGGACGCCCGCAAGGCCAUCAUUGACAUCCAUACCAAGGACUGGGGUAUCUCUGACGCAUUCAAGAGAUCUCUCGCCCGUGAUGCGAAAGGAUAUGGAGGUGCUGACCUAAGAGCCCUGUGCACAGAGGCUGCAAUGAACGCGAUACAACGCACAUACCCCCAGAUCUACUCUUCUAAGGACAAGUUGAUCGUCAACCCGGACAAGAUCAGUAUCCACAUGACAGAUUUCGUUUUGUCGAAAAAGAAGAUCGUGCCGUCUUCAGAGCGAGCAUCAACUUCCGGAGCAGCACCGUUACCCAAGGCGAUCGAGCCCCUACUUCGCAACCAGCUAGAAAACAUCAAAGCAGUGCUGGACGAUGUUUUGCCUCGCAAGAAGAAAGUCACAGCUUUAGAAGAGGCAAUGUUUGAGCCUUACGAGGAUGAGGAUUUCGGAUUCGGAAGAGAAGCACUGAACGAGGAGUUCGAGAGGUCUCGUGUAUUCCGGCCCCGACUUCUCAUCUGCGGCGAGCCGGGUAUGGGCCAUUCAUAUCUGGCCUCCUCGAUUCUGCACUAUCUCGAAGGUGUUCACGUCCAGAACUUCGACCUUCCUACCAUACUUGGCGACCAACGAUCUGCCGAGCAGGUUCUGGUUGGGCUCUUCACGGAGGUGAAGCGUCAGAAGCCCAGUGUCAUUUUCAUUCCAAAUGUUGAUACCUGGUACUCGACACUGGACGGACCGGCUCUCACUGCUUUCCUUACACACAUCAGGCGAUCGCCUGGCGAAUUCCCCGACCCGGCCAACCGUAAGAGGCGUGUGCUCGAGCAACUUGAGGUCGCCCCUCCACCGCCGCCUAAAGUCCUCACCAAAGAGGAAGAAAAGGCGGAAUGGUUGAGAUAUCGUCAGCUACUCAACCUUCUCAAAGUCCAUUUACAACCCAUCAUGGAACAAAUCAACAGGAAGUACAGGAUCUUUCGGCAGGCACCUAUUCCGCACGCUCUCUAUCAGUAUCUCUUUGACGAGCAAGACCCCAACUACGUUGUCCCCGAUAUCGAAGGAGCGCUCCCUCGCCCAUAUGAGAUUGCGAAGGAUAAGGACGGCAUUCAAGGCCUUCGACACACCGAAACCGGCAGAUUCUUUUACAACCUUGACAUUCAGACUAUAGAAGAGCGGCUUGCCAAUGGUUAUUACAUCAGACCCUCUGAGUUCUUGCGGGAUGUCCGGGCCCUGGAAAAGGAUGCCAAGGCCAGCGGUGAUCGACAAAGAAUUCUUAAGGCCAGCGAACUCUUGACUAAUGUUGAAGUCGAUGUCCUGGAUAUCGAAAAGCUCCGACUUCCUAGUGUUGAUUGGGAUGAACUAUACGAGAAGGAGAAGCGUCGCCGAGCUGCGAAGGCGGAGAGGUCGCGCAAGAAGAAGGCCAUGCAGUCUGUCGUUGAUCAAGUCACUUCAGAGGCUGGCGACGGCACUGUCGACCCCGAUGAUCAGCAGCCUCCGGCUCUUCACACCACAAGUGCACGAUUCCAGGUUAUGAGCCCCCUUGCAAACGGAUACGGCGAGGCUUCUGCAACCCACAGCCACACCAAUGGUACAUCCGACGUGUCCAAAGGAGCCGGAGAGGAUGUGCAAAUGACCGAUGCAGAGACCCAGCCCGACAGCAAUGCAUCCCCCAUGCAGCCGCCUUCUCAAUGGCCUCGAAUGGGACCUCGGCCUCCUCUCAACCUCUCCACGAGGGCGACUACAGGUGGCACAACUCAGCUUUCCCAAGUGUCUGCUGUGCAGUCCCUCCCGGCAGGCAUGUCACCAUCCGCUCUUGCGAACGAUGCCUCGACCACCAAGACAUCGGACCCUUCCAACCGAUCCUCCAAUUGGAGCACUCAGGUCACGAAUGGUGUGCACAAUGAGCAAUCUAGCCCAGUAGACCAGCUCCCGGACACUCUACCUCUUGCGAGCCAAGGGACAUCGAGCGACGAGCAAUGGCCUCAUUCUCAAGCCCACGGUCUAGCGCGCGGUAUUCUGCAGGCGCCAGACUACUCAUCGAGUUCACGCGGCAACGCUUCGUCGGGAGCAACAAGAUCGUCGCACGCCCCUAGCAUGGCUAACCUGCUUAACGACCCACUGCCCGAGGAAACGUCUCAAUCCCAGCGGCAAUCCGGUGGCUCGUCAGCCUCCCAGCAGCACGUUGAACUCGAUAGACUGUCGGGCGACUUGUUCCUCGACGAGCUCACCAAGCGCACAUCAGGCUGUACGAUCGAGCAGUUGGAGCAGCUGACCAGAGAGAUGAUGGCGGAGAUCUGGCGAACGAAGGGCGAGCACAACCGCACCAAGGUUCUUCAGGCGGUGACUCGCGUCUUCAACGAGUCCAUCAACGAUAUCGAGUCGAUGCAGCGCGUGUUCCAGGCAAGCCAGUAA